AUGAAGAACAAAGAAACAGUUUCAAAAAGUCACUACCUGACCCCUACCAUGAAUUCCAAAAAGUCGGGAGUUCUAGCGCCCCCUCCCGCGCCGAAUGCAGGCGUCUUGGCGUCCCCGGGCGUCGCAGCGCCCAAGCAAGCUGCUUUUGGAUUGCCGUCAUCGCAGCACUUGCUGGCAAGCGUCCAACUUCAGCGGCUGAAUAGUCAGUACCAAGGGAGCGCGGAGAUCCAGCGCUGGGCACUGAACAGCCAGGGGCCCCUCACUCUCGGUGCCGGGGUUCUAGACUUGGAUCGGGUGGAUGAUGAGGUCCUCGCCUCUCUGGUCCUGGAGAUGGGGCUGGACCGGGUCAGUGAGCUUCCUGAACUCUGCUUAGGACAAAACGAAUCUGAGUUCACUCCAGAGCUAUCGCCCACCCCCGAAAAGUGA